CUAUCCAAAUCUCCUGAAUCAUUAUUUUUCUUUCCCUCUUAAAUAAAACCCUCCAACACACAACCUUAUUUCCAUCAUUCCUAUUCUCAUUCUCUCUUUACUUUCUCUUCUUUGCCUUUACUAUUUUUCCGUCCUCUGUUUUUUUAAGUGUUACACUUCAUUUCAUUCGUCGUAAAAGCUCAAGUUGGAAGAUAAAAUCAUAAUCUAUGGAUACCCAAUUUCAUGUUCUUGCCGUUGAUGACAGCAUCAUUGAUAGGAAAUUGAUUGAGAGACUCCUCAAAACUUCCUCAUUUCAAGUUACCGCAGUCGAUUCACCAAACAAGGCUCUAGAAUUUCUGGGUUUGAGAGGAAAUCAAGGAAGUUUCGACGAAUCAUUAGCAAACAAGGUUAACAUGAUAAUCACAGAUUACUCAAUGCCAGGAAUGACAGGGUAUGAAUUAUUGAGGAAAAUCAAGGAAUCAGAAAGAUUUAGGGAUAUUCCGGUUGUAAUUAUGUCUUCAGAAAAUAUUCCUGCAAGAAUUAACAGGUGUUUGGCUGAAGGAGCAGAGGAAUUCUUCUUGAAACCUGUGCAAUUAUCUGAUGUUGAUAAGCUAAAACCCCAUUUGUUGAAGAGCAAAGUUAAGGAUUUUUGCAAGUUUCAGCAACAUAGAAGGUUGUUAACUUGGUAUUCUGAUGCUCAAAAUUUAUGCCAAAGAUGCAUAUAAAUUUCAUAUUAUGUUGGAGUUUUGGAUGAGAUCAAUAGAAUUUCAAGAUGUUUGACUUGAAUUGGAGAUUGGGCUUUCGGAAUGGUUCGAGGAGGUUAAGAUGCACGCAACCUUGUGGCUAAUCAGUAUCGACGGAAUUUACAUGGGUUUUUCGGGUUGAUCCAUAGAAUGGAUUGGAUUGAAGGUAAUCGGAGAUUAUAUUGGCUUUUGAAAUGGCCCAAUUAGUACAUGGUGUAUCAUCAAACAAAAUUUUAGAUGUGAAUUUUCUUUACUAGUCAUAAUCGAAAUUAGAGGUGUUAAUUUUUAUUCGCGACAAUAUUCUUUUAGAUUGUUUGAGAGGAAUUUUUGUUCAUGAAUCCUCUUUUUAGAUCUGUAAUUGUAUAUAUUCAGACCUAAGUGAAUAAUUUGCAAUGACAUUAACAAUGAAUUUUUGCUCUUUUGUGCAAGAUUUUGAAGUA